CCUCUUCCUUUCUCUUUGUAGAUAAGGUGCUCCGAGUCCCUUGCAGCUCUCUCCUGAGGAAAGUCCCUAUGCUCUGCUCUUGCCGUAAUGCCAGGCCUUUCUGACUUACACAGUGGAGCUGUGACGCUGGAAGAUUUGCACGGAGGUUCCGGCCACGUCUGUCCGUCACUUGAGCCAGUCCUCUGGAUGGGAAAAGAUUUGAGCCUGAUAAUUACCGUGUUUGAAAUCUAGUUCUCUAGUGUGAACUGGUUUAUAGACUGGGCCCCUGACCCAUGAGCCACCCAGCCAGUUCUUGUCAGGAGCUGGUUGAAAACUGUCCUGUGCACGUAGCAGGGAUGGCACAGGAAGAGAGCCGUUGCGGUCAAGUGCCGUCCACCUUUUACCAUGGUGCCAACCAAGAACUUGACCUGUCCACCAAAGUGUACAAAAGGGAAUCCGGAAGUCCCUAUUCUGUGCUCGUGGACACCAAGAUGAGCAAGCCACAUCUCCACGAGACGGAGGAACAGCCAUAUUUCAGGGAGGCAAGAGCAGUGUCUGACGAGCGUGCUGUCAAGGAAGACCGGGAGAAUUCUGAUGAGUCGGAGGAGGAGGAGGAGGAGGAGGUGUCUUACAAAAGGGAGCAGAUCAUAGUGGAGGUAAACCUUAAUAAUCAAACGUUAAAUGUGUCUAAAGGGGAAAAGGGUGUCUCUUCUCAGUCCAGAGAGACUCCUGUUCUUAAGACAAGCAGUGAGGAGGAAGAGGAAGAGAGUGAGGAAGAGGCCACAGAUGACAGCAGUGAUUACGGAGAGAGCGAAAGGCAGAAGAAAAAGGAGAAGAUAGAGGAGAAAGUCAGCGUCACCCGAAGGCGAACGCGGAGAGCUGCCUCUGUGGCCGCAGCUGCCACGUCCCCUUCUCCCAGAGCCACGAGAGGGCGUAGGAAGAGUGUAGAGCCGCCUAAGCGUAAGAAGCGGGCGGCCAGAGAGCCCAAGGCGCCAGUCCAGAAAGCUAAGUGUGAAGAGAAAGAGACUCUGACCUGUGAGAAGUGCCCCAGGGUGUUUAAUACUCGCUGGUACCUGGAGAAGCACAUGAACGUUACUCACAGGCGCAUGCAGAUCUGUGAUAAGUGUGGCAAGAAGUUUGUCCUGGAAAGUGAGCUGUCCCUUCACCAGCAAACAGACUGUGAAAAAAACAUUCAGUGUGUUUCCUGUAAUAAAUCAUUCAAGAAACUCUGGUCCCUGCAUGAACAUAUCAAGAUCGUACAUGGAUAUGCAGAAAAGAAAUUUGCCUGUGAAAUUUGUGAGAAGAAAUUCUAUACCAUGGCUCACGUGCGGAAACACAUGGUUGCACACACGAAAGACAUGCCAUUCACGUGUGAAACCUGCGGGAAGUCCUUCAAACGCAGCAUGUCCCUCAAGGUGCACUCCCUGCAGCACUCUGGAGAGAAGCCUUUCAGAUGCGAGAAUUGUGACGAGCGCUUCCAGUACAAGUACCAGCUGCGCUCCCACAUGAGCAUCCACAUCGGCCACAAGCAGUUCAUGUGCCAGUGGUGCGGCAAGGACUUCAACAUGAAGCAGUACUUCGACGAGCACAUGAAGACGCACACGGGAGAGAAGCCCUUCAUCUGCGAGAUCUGCGGCAAGAGCUUCACCAGCCGGGACAGCCCCAGUCUUGCAGCGCCGCAGGUGACCGAUGGGCCGGCAGCCUUAGCCGGGGGAGAGCGCGCCUGCGCCUCACUUCCGCUUGGGUCGGUGCAGCCUCGGCCCGCAGAGCCAGGGCCCCGGGGCGGGCGGCGCCGACUCCAUCCGCUGGGCGUGGGCUCGGCGGUGUCUGCCACUGCGCGUUCAUCCCCCUCCGAGGACACGUUACGUGGACACCAGGCUGAGGCUCGCUCUCGCAACUUCAUUUUACACUAUCUUCGAGGGCUUGACUGCAGGUCACGGUGCCUCCAGCGGCUUGCCUCCCAUGAAGUCUUCCUGAGCACCCGCCGGCCCUUCGAGCCGCCGCCGCCCUGCGUCCUCUCCUUCCGUAAACAGAUGACUCCGGGCCUGCGCGUGAGUCUGGGACACUGA